CCUUGAUCAGUAUGUUCCAGUCCAGAGUUUCAAACCAACCUCACUAAUGUUCACUAUUGUGCAGUUAGAAAUCAUAGGUCCUUUGUGUUUAAGGACCUAGUAGGGGAAAUGAUUUACAACUACCCAAACAAGCAAACUGAUCUUUCUGACAGAGUCCUCACUGGAUGGAGCACAUGCUAGUCACGUCCACACUUUGAGCUGGGCAAAAGCAACAUUGGGGUUUCAUUGGUGAUGAUAAUAGAUGUCAGACUGUCAUAUGAAUAUUGAUGCGAAAGCUAGUCUGCUUUCGUAGUGGGAGCAGAAGGAAGUAAGAUGGCUGCCCUUUAGGAUUUGUUUGAAAGGAGACAGAUUGUACUUUGCUGGAUUUCUGCGACGCUGAGGAAGAUACAGAGGCUGGAGCUAUUUUUAUGUAUCAGUUUGAAGUGUUUUUGUGAGAACCCAGUAAAGUGAUAGUGGUACGGUGGAACAGAUCCAACUAAAGUGAGCUGACCAGCCCAAAUGGUCAGACAACACUACGAUACGUUCAGUGGGUAACUUUGUGGAUGGCCCUCAGGCAGACCAGAUGGAACAGGAAAGAGUCGGUCAUGUCGAGGACAAGGGGCUGAGUCCAGUACUACCGAUCCAUUAUCACUCUCCUGAGCAGCACACAGAGAAAGGGGAGAACGGAAGAGAGGUGCAGCAACACCAGUUCAAUGGAGACUGCAAAUGGGACGGUGUGAGAAGCAACUCAGCAGCGGGUCACGCUCAGGAAAUCUCGGAAAACUGUGACAGCCCCCGGCCUCAGCAGGAAAAGCUCGGCGUCCCCAACGGCGGCGUGAAACAUGUCCUGGCCGAGCCUUCAGCAGCAGGGCUCCAACAUUCAAAGAAAAUGAAGCUGGAGGAGGAGGAGGAGGAGCCGGCUGCUGGGAAUCCGGACGCGGACAAGCAGCGGGCCGAACCGAAAGGGCGCAGCCGGGUCCCGGGGGAGGUGCAAGGGCAGAGCUGGCCGGGUGAGCCCCCGGCCCCAGCGAGCAGCAGCAGCAUGCACAAGAGGGUCAGCCCCAGCUACAAGAACGGGGACGUGCUCUCUCUGCUGGGGGGCAAGCCACUUCCAAACGGUGCUACGGGUUGCACUGACACCCAGCAGCAGCAGCAGCAGGAGGAGGAGGAAGGGGGUGACCUCAGGGACAACCCCGUGCCUGUAUGGGGCUACCCCGGGUACCUGCUGGGAGUCAGCUCGGAGCAAUGCAGCAGGAGCAGGAGGGGGCCAGAGGCUGGAGCCGAGCUCUCCGGGAACAGGGCUCAGAGCAGGAGCGAGGGAGCCGGGCAGCGUCCCCCGGGGCUCCCCGACCGCUGUUUACAUCCUCAGAGCGGCCCCGCCCGGCUCCAGGAGCCCGGAGCCGCGCGAAUCGGUGCUACAGGCGGCCCGGGGCUCGCUCGCGGCUUGCCCGAGAACGGGGCGCCUCCCCGCGGGCAGUGGGCGUCCCCGGCGCUCCGACCCCCAGCCCAGGGCGGGUCCUGCCCGGAGCUGCAGGGAGCCGACUCACGGCAGUACCGGCUGCUGCUGGAGCAGCUGCGGCGGCUGGAGGAGGAGGAGGAGGAGGAAGAGAGCCGCCCCCGCUCGCUCCCCCAGCCGGAGGCAGCGGUGAAAGCCCGAGCCCAGUCCUGGCGUAUCCCCCUGAACCCCGAGCAGCAGCAGCAGCGAGCAGUGCCAGAGCAAGGGCUCGCCCCCAGCCUUUGCUGCCGCAGCCCCAUGCCAAAUCUCCAGGGUGACACCCACCGCUACCAGCAACACUGUGUCCAGCUCAGCCUGGAAAACCCACUGUCCCACCCAACCCAGAAACAAAACGACCCCCUUUACAGUGCCCACCGCAACAGUCCCCUUCAUCAUAGAAGGCCCAUAGAGUCCAAACUCAGCCCCACUCACUGCAGCACUCCUGAGGGGGCAGGCUCCUACAGGGCGGGCAGCACUACCAUCCCGAGCCCUCAGCUGCCCAACAAAGCCAGCAGUUCGCCACCGGUCCAGUACGCUCAGCGUGGCGCAGGACCAGUCCAGCAACCCAAGCAGCAGGUACACCACAUGUCUGUCAUCCAGCAGCCACACUCACAGGGACAGGCUGAAUUGAUCGCGCUGGCUAGUGCCCCCAGGAGCGAGCAAGGCCCUUCGGUCCCUCAGUCCAACCCCACGAAGGAGCAAGUGCCCCAGGCUUCGCAAAGCCCUCAGUGCCCAGCCAGCAUCCAGAAGGAAGAGGAGUCCCACACAAACGCAGCACUUAGAGCUCAUCUAUUCCAACAGCAAGAGCUUCAAAGGAGAAUGUACCUACGAAGAAUGCAGGAUCUCAAAGGAAUUCAGAAGCUAAUCAAGGUUGAGAAAGAAUCUCCGACAGCCCCCUCCACAACAGCAGCCAGUGCCCAGUUGAAAGACGACCCAGAGAUAUUGAACCUUAUUAAACAGCAGAGCCAGCAAUUCAGCUGUGACCACCAGAAACAAGAGAGGAGCAUCAUUGAAGCACUGGAACAGCGCUUUAAAGAAUACCAGCUCUCUUCACCCUUUGACCAACAACCUUCCGUCAUCAAAUCACCCAAGCAAGUGAAGGUGGAAACCUCAGGAUCUGUCACUAUUUUGUCUGCCACUACAGACUUAGAGUCAGAUAUUGGUGGUGACUGCACUUCGGCACUACAAACCAGUUCAUCUACUGAAGCCACGCCUACUAAAAGACGGCCAGGAUCCACACUGAGUAAUUUUUUAGAGUCCCCCUUGAAAUAUUUGGACCCCCCGAUCAAAAGCUUACUGGACACCCCGAAAAAGACACAGUAUGAUGUCCCAGCAUGCAGUUGUGUUGAACAAAUCAGUGAAAAAGAUGAAGGUCCUUACUAUACACACCUUGGUGCAGGCCGUAAUGUAGCAGAAAUUCGAGAGCUGAUGGAAAACAGGUUGAGUGAGAAAGGCAGUGCUAUCAGAAUAGAGAAAAUUAUUUACACAGGGAAAGAAGGCAAAAGCAGUCAAGGAUGUCCUAUUGCAAAAUGGGUGAUUCGACGAAGCUGUGUUGAAGAGAAGUUGCUGUGCCUGGUACGGGAGCGAGCUGGCCAUUCCUGUGACACGGCAGUGGUUAUCGUCCUAAUCCUGGUGUGGGAAGGAAUCCCUUUGCAAUUUGCCGACAGACUGUACGUGGAGCUGACUGAAACCCUGAGGAAGCAUGGCGCCCUGACAAGCCGCAGAUGUGCACUAAAUGAAGAACGAACGUGUGCUUGCCAGGGGUUAAACCAAGACACUUGUGGAGCUUCGUUUUCCUUUGGCUGCUCCUGGAGUAUGUACUAUAACGGGUGUAAGUUCGCAAGAAGUAAAGCCCCCAGGAAAUUCAGGCUACUCGGUGAUGACCCCAAAGAGGAGGAAAAACUAGAGUCGAAUCUGCAAAACCUGGCAAACCUAUUGGCACCUGUUUACAAGAGGUUUGCCCCAGAGGCUUUCAACAAUCAAGUUGAAUUUGAGCAGAGGGCCAUUGACUGCCGGCUUGGCCAGGUGGAGGGCCAUCCAUUCUCAGGGGUGACUGCUUGUGUAGAUUUUUGUGCUCAUGCUCACAGGGAUUUGCACAACAUGCAGAAUGGAAGCACAGUGGUUUGCACACUUACCAAAGAAGACAAUCGGGUUAUUGGCCAAAUACCAGAAGAUGAACAGCUCCACGUCCUGCCUUUGUACAAAAUCUCUCCGACCGAUGAGUUUGGAAGUGUGGAAGCUCAGGAUGAAAAGAUCAAGAAAGGUGCUAUUCAGGUGCUGAGUUCCUUCCCUCGUGUGGUGAGAAUGUUAGCCCGUCCUGUCAAAACCGGACGGCAGAAGAAGGAAGCUAAGAAGGCAGCUGCAGCAGCUGCAGCGGCAGAGAGGCUCCUGAACCAGGAAAACAACACCACGAAAGCAGAUAAGGCUCAUGCGGCGGCAGCACGAUCAAAUCAGGCUGGCUCAGAAAAUGCAACAGCCAACCAACAGAUGUCAAGUAAUUUAGGUCGUGUCAUUCCUCCAGGUGUUCAACAGCAUCAGGUUCCCAAUUUAUACCAGUCUGUCCCAACAAGCACUUAUCCAGGUUACCAGUGUAACGGAAACACACCAAUUGACAACUUCCACCAUUAUAUGGGAUCCUACUAUCCCUCACUUGCACACCAUAUGGACCUGUACCGUUACCAAGUUCCAGUGAACAAACUUACCCUGCCACCAAUUCAGACUCUCUAUCAGCAGUUUUCAAAUUCCUAUAGGUAUGGCAAUAAUCAGAUGUGUAUGGGCAGAUUUUGUAACUAUGGUAUGCAAGUUAAUGGCUACAACGGUUGCCCGAUUGAGAACAGAAUACCAAACAUCCAACGUUACCCUCACUUCAGUUCUUCUCCUCAAGUUGAGACUCAGCUAAUGGAACCUGGUUCAAAAUCAGUAUCAAAUUUGAGUAAUCAGACUGUGGAUCAUUCGGCAGUCACUCGUGACAGUCAAUAUCCUUCAUUCACAAGUUCUUACCGAGCAAAUGAUCAUCAUCCUGCUAAUUCUUUCCCAAUAGAAAAUAAAGAAAAUGAACUUAGUAUGCUUGGAGCUAAUGACAUCUCGAGGCUUCCUUCAUUGGUUAAUUGUGAGAUGGCUAACACUUCACAGGCAGAGGUAGCUGCAAGUGUAAAUCACAGAAUUCCAGAAAACACCUCCCAAAUGCCUUCACAGCAUGACGUACCUGUUUCAGAAGAACCUCAGGAGGUUUGGUCAGAUAGUGAACAUAAUUUCCUGGAUAAAGAUAUUGGAGGGGUUGCUGUGGCACCAUGCCAUGGGUCCAUUCUUAUUGAGUGCGCAAAACGUGAACUACAUGCAACAACCCCAUUGAAAAACCCAAACAGAAAUCACCCAACGCGAAUCUCUCUUGUCUUUUAUCAACACAAGAGUAUGAAUGAGCCAAAACAUGGAUUAGCACUCUGGGAGGCCAAGAUGGCAGACAAAGCCAGAGAAAGAGAAGAAGAGGCGGAGAGACUUGGUGUGGAUUAUGUGCCUACCAAAUCUUACAGCAAGAAAGCAAAACGAGAGGUCCCAGAAUCGCAUGAACCCAUAGAACCACCACAGAUACGUUUUAUGAAGACUCUUGCACAAAGGACUAUGACUUUCACAACAAACUCAGUAACUACAGCGUUCCCAUAUGCCUUUACACGGGUUACAGGGCCUUACAGUCGAUGGAUAUAGCUUCCUACUCACAUGGGUUACCUCAUAUUCUGUCUAGCAUCUGGCAAGGCAGCUGUGCUACACCCAGUGAGGGAAAACAAACAGUGUUUGAUAAAGCACUGGAAUAAAGAGUAACACCAGCAAAUGGCGAUACCCUGAAAAACAUAUACCCUGUAUUCCAACUCACUUGUUAAAAGAGUAUUCACAGUAAGGACCAAGCUGAAAAGCGUCCUAUGCAAAAAGUGCUGUUUCAGAAAAUCAUUCUGGAAUAAUGAUGCAUGCAGAGUCUUUCUGUAAAUUAAUUUAAUCUAAAUAUUUAUGCCAGACACAAGUGACCUCUAAUGUCAUUAAUGAGCCUAUUCUUUGGACGCAGGGCAGGAAUAGAAGCUAAUCCUAUGGUGCUGAGUAUUAUUGUUACCAGGGCAACAUUUAAAAACUACACAUUUCCAACAUGUAGUUUUUGUUACAAAAUUGUCUAUCAAACUCUUAGUGGUUUGUUUUGCCUUUAUAUAUUGUUUGCAAAUAACAGUCAACUCAAACAGUUAGAACCGAUUUUAGUUGACUUGUCAGGAAAAAAAACACUGAAAAGUUUGAAGAUCGUGGUGCUAUAUUUAGAGGUUUUUUUUAACAUCUUUGAUGUAAAUCUCAAAUGCCAUUUAAAUGGUUUCAUAAUAAUUAACAUUUUUCAAUUGUUUAAUUGAUGCUGAGGUCUCCUUUCAUAGCAUAGAGGCCUUUUAACUUAAAGUUAGAGCUAUUUUAAACAAAGUCUACAUUUAAAAUGUCAAGUACUUCAGAGGCUCAGCAAAUUCUGAUUCUGUAAUAAGGAUUCUCAAAAUGAAUUUUACAGAAUAUUUUGUAAGAUUUUGGUGUUCAAAAAGCACUUUGCCUAUUUUAAGCUUUGACAACUUGAAAGGUGAUAGGGUACCAAGGCAUUAAGAGAUUUACUGUAAAAUAAAAAUCUGUCAAAGUACUUUAUAAUAUCUAUAAUGCCAUAAUUCAGAUAAUAGGCUAUGUAUACUUUUUAAGUGUCAUUGAUUACCUUAAAGUUUGGGAUUUACUGGACACAAGGGGGAAAACUUUGCCAGAAUUUCAUACAAAAACACUGAUCCUGGUGCUCACAUACAGUAUGCAGCUAUUUGUUAUAUGAGAACGUAACAGUCCAUACUACAUCACUAAAGUGAUUGUGCAGUUUUAGAUCCUAGGCUUUCAUAUUAACACUUAUCUCACAGCAUGUUUGAGACAAUAAUACUAUGGUUAUCCUAGACCAAUUACAACAUUUAUAAUUGAAUUAUAUAUUCACUCAAUAGAUUUGAUUUGCGAUGAGAUGUUAAUGUUUGGGUAGAAUUGUAAUUUUUUUAAAAAUAGUUACAAUGUAAGCAGUGUCUUUGAGAGAGAGAGAGAGAGAGCUGAAAACAUGCCAGGGAAGAUGUAAACAGGGUUACUUCUAUCCAAAUGGAGAAAUCAGGCAGCUGGCUUGCUGUGGUCAUGUUUAAAUGUUAAAUUUGUAAAUAUAAAAACACAAAAACAACAAAAACAAGUUUAAAAAGAGGUGUACAGUAAAUUAAUUUGUAAACAGAAUUUUCUUUUUUUUUACUUAACGCUUUGACUAUUUUAGUACUGUAAUAUUUUCCUAACUUUUUUUUUAAGCUUUUCUUUUCAGAAUGGUGCUACUCAAUCUGCUACAAUUAAAAUGUGAGUUUAAGAAGUGUAAACGGUGUUGGAGAUGUUCCUACUUGUCAUAUACCUCAGCUCUUGUACUGAGCAAUAGGAAAAUGAUGAUUCAGAAGUCAGUAGUGUUUUGUACACCAUCAUUGUUUAAUUUAAAAUAGUCUUUAUGACAUAAACAUGCUUUUUUUUUUCAUUUUGAUACUUGAUAACUUGAAAUUCAAGCUUUUGUUCUACAAGAAGAUCAGGGAUAUUAUAACUCUUAUAUUCUCCUUAUGCCAAUAUGUCACCUGUGUUUUAAUAUCACCCUUUUAUUUUGUUUUUAUUUUCAGGGAUAUCUUCACUUUGUUUAAUCCCUAUUUGGAUUUUAUGUGUAUAGUGGGAUACAUGUACUUGAUGCUUCUAAAAUGAGCGUUAGUAAAGCAGUGGCUUUGUUUUUAAUUCUAAGUGAGAAAGUACAUGAUAGUUCUUUUUUUUCUUUAAGAAUUUGGAUGAUGUAUGCACUGAGCUGAUAAAAGGGAAGAAAAAGAGAAGAAAUGAGAGUUUGUUAUUUUCAUGUGGGGGGGAGGGGAGGGUGGGGGGGGGGAGGGUAGGGAAGUUAUUGGUAUUCUCAUAUGAAUGAAUGAACUUGUGCCACUUGUUGUACAGGGCCCAGCUUCAGUAGCAACAUGUCUUCUGGAAGGGAAGUGCACGUAUAGGGUAUUGGGUUGAUGCUAGCCAUACUUGAAGAUGCUUCAGAGUGGUGUUGACAUUACUUGAAUUUAAUUUCAGCUUGAUUGACGCACAGCAGUAUAUAUUGUUCACUUCUCAAGCUAGAGGUUAACGUAUACUCAAGUGUAGGAUACUUAGCUGAACUUGACACUAAAAAUCAGUUUUGGUGUGCAUUUUGUAUGCGUUCUGUAUUUUACUUCAGCUUUGCUCUUUAUUGAUGAAUUGGGUAUGUUGAAAAAAAAGAUAAAUGAGGCUGAUUAUAAAUACUGUAAGUAAUGUACUAAAAGCGGAAAGUUAUUUGAAAGCUGUUUAUUAUAUCAUUCCUGAUAAUGCUGAGAUGUGGGUGUUUUUAAUAAAAUUUAUAUUUAUUUAAUGCA